AAAAACGUAAAGAAAAAUCUACUCAACAUAAAGAACCUACUGAACCAAAAAAACGAAAACGUACAAUAACAAGUAAAGAAAAUAAUAAUUCUCAACAAAAUUCUGAUUUCAUUAUUCCGGAUGAUGAAGAACAAACUCGUUGGUUAAAUUGGGAACAAAAAAAACUUGAAAUUCUUGAACGAACAGUAGCUUUAAAAGAAAGAUUAAUUGAAUUAAAUCAACAAGAAAAGGAGCAUUUAAAUA